AUGCGUUUCUUGUGUCUUCACGGUUCACUGAGCAGUGGCUCUACUUUCGACGCGCAGCUAGGGCCGUUGCAACAAAAUUUGGCUGCCGACAACGCAGCUUCAUUUUAUUUUAUUAAUGCGCAGCUAUACGGCACGGCCCCCGAAGGAAAUGAGGGAUUUUUUGGACCCAAGCCACACUACCGCUGGCUUGACUACCAGGGUGUUGAAACAGAAGCACUACACCAAUCAGUACGCGGCGCGCGAGGCAACUCAGAUGCUCCCGCAGAAGAGCUUCUCAGUGAGAUGAUGCCCGUUAAUCUCACCUGGGCCAACCAUAAAGAUAUUAUGGAGUAUCUCGACAAGAACCUUGAGGAGAAUCCUGAUAUUGAGGGCAUCUGUGGAUACAGUGAAGGAGCCUCUAUGGCAGCGACGUACAUCUUGCAUGAGCAAAAGAUGGAGCAGGAGCACGGCCGCCCUCGGCGAAUUAAGUGUGGUAUUUUCUUCACGGGCCUGCCCCCAAUCGACGAAAAGAAAGGAUACAUCUUCGCUGAUCAGCGAGAGGAGAUGGUUGAUAUCCAAUCGAUCCAUGUCAUUGGCGCGGCUGACCCUUUCCGUUGCGGCGCCGACUCGCUAUACAACGUCUGUGACCCCGAUACGGCCCAAUUCUUCGAUACUGGCAAGGGGCACACUGUUCCGCGCUCAGGACCUAUCAUCACUGAGCUUGGAGAUGCGAUUCGAGAAAUGAUCCAGAGGGCCAAAGAAGAAUGA